AUGAGGAAGAUGCUGGCUGCCGCUGUCUCCCGCCUGUUGGCCAGUGUCUCCCAGAAGCCCGCUAGCAGAGUGCUGGUGGCAUCCUGCAACUAUUCAAACGAUGCUACAUUUGAAAUUAAGAAAUGUGAUCUCUAUAGGCUGGAAGAGGGUCCUCCAGUCACAACGGUGCUCACCAGGGAGGAUGCGCUCAAAUACUACAGGAUGAUGCAGACUGUCCGCCGAAUGGAGUUGAUGGCGGAUCAGUUGUACAAACAGAAAUUUAUUCGUGGUUUCUGUCACUUGUGUGAUGGCCAGGAAGCCUGUUACAUGGGCCUCGAGGCCGGGAUUAAUACCACUGAUCAUGUCAUCACAUCCUAUCGGGCUCAUGGCUUAUGCUAUACUCGGGGAAUCCCUGUCAGGUCAAUUCUUGCAGAGCUGACGGGUCGAAGAGGAGGUUGUGCUAAAGGAAAAGGCGGAUCGAUGCACAUGUAUACCAAGAACUUCUAUGGGGGCAAUGGCAUUGUUGGCGCCCAGGGACCCCUGGGAGCUGGCAUUGCUCUCGCCUGCAAAUACAAGGGAGACAAUGAGGUCUGUUUGACUCUCUAUGGGGAUGGGGCUGCCAAUCAGGGCCAGAUAUUUGAAGCUUACAAUAUGGCAGCUUUGUGGAAAUUACCAUGUAUUUUCAUCUGUGAGAAUAACCUCUAUGGAAUGGGGACAUCUGCCAAGAGAGCAGCUGCCAGCACUGAUUACUACAAGAGAGGCGGUUUUAUCCCUGGAUUAAGGGUGGAUGGAAUGGAUGUUCUCUGUGUCCGCGAGGCGACUAAGUUUGCGGUUGACUACUGCAGAUCUGGAAAUGGGCCCAUACUGAUGGAGCUGCAGACAUACCGUUAUCAUGGGCACAGUAUGAGUGAUCCUGGAAUCAGUUAUCGCACCCGAGAAGAAGUUCAGAAUGUGCGAAGUAAGAAUGAUCCUAUUAUGCUUCUCAAAGACAGAAUGGUAAAAAACAAGCUCACCAGUAUGGAAGAAUUGAAGGGAAUUGAUGUUGAAGUGAGGGAAGAAAUUGAUGCUGCUGCCCAGUUUGCUACAACAGAUCCUGAACCUCCUUUGGAAGAGUUAGGCCACCACAUCUACAGCAAUAGUCCACCUUUUCAAGUCCGUGGUGCAAAUCAGUGGAUCAAGUUUAAGUCUGUCAGUUAA